AUGCCCAAACAGUCCCAGGAUGAUGUGAGCAAAAUUCUGGAGGCAUGCACAGAACUCAACUACAUGCAAAUACAGAAGAUUCUGUCCAUGUACACGCCCGAUACGUCGGACGAGCGCGUGCCGGUACACGUUAUCUGCGCGGUGGAAAGU